CCAUGAAGAGGUACUCCGUGGCGCCCACGUCCUCCAGGAGGAAGUCUACGCUCAGUACUACUGUCAGUGAAGACACCGCCGCUGCCCGUGAGGAGUUGGAGAAAUUGGAGCAGGAAACCACCUUGGUGUUGCAAGAAAUAGACAAGAACAUCUCGCGUGCCAACGGCAUCAUCAACGACCGGUUGAUCCCCAUCAUCAAGGAUUACUCCAACGCAAGCAAGAACGUGUGGAGCAACGCUGGUUUCUGGAAGUUUUUCUUCGAGCAGUCGGCCAACGUGGAGUUGAACAGCUACGAAGACCCCAUCUCCACUACCGAUGUCAAUACCAUCGCCAACUCCAGGAGCAACAUGCUCUUCAACGAGGACGAGGAUGAGGACGAAGAGUUGCACCAGGAAGCCCCAGAAGACCCUGCCCACGACACACCGCACUUGGACGUGUUCAAGAAACCGACGCUCAAGCCCCAGCUAGAGGAGUCCACCCCUACAUGGUCUGUAGAGCAGUCCAAGAAACAGAUCCAAUCGUCCACUCCCCAGCUCCACAAGAGACCGUCGUUGCUACCUGGAUAUAACAGACACCCCACAGCCUACGACUCCAACGACAGCAUUGGCACCCAACCACCACCGCUUCUCACCACCUCGAUUUCCAGCACAGAGAGCCAGAAGUCCCCAGAGAAGGACCAGUCGCCCGUAAAGACGCAAACAGUAAGGCAGUCAUUGGACACCUAUCACAAGUUGUCCAUCUCACCGAGAAAAGCAAGAACAGCCACUCGCAAUGCAUUGGUGGAAGAUGCCCGAAGGAGAUCGUCCUUGAUUCAAAACCUCAUCAACUCAUCUCCCACGCUACCCGAGCCUCCUAUACUACGGUCAGAGCUUGCGAACGUGAGCGAGCUGUCGUCUCCCACCAAGGAGGAACGCCAAUUGAGCGAGGUAGAACAAUUCUCGCCAGUAUUACUACCACCCGAAUUAUCUCCCACCAAGAGCGUUGCUCUAUCGUCACACUCCAAGGAGAACACCAUACAGCGGAACACCAUACAGCGGUUUCCAUCCACCCCCAAAUUUUCGGAACGGUUGAGUGACGGAGGAAAGCUUGAUAUUAUGAAAACCCCACUAGGGCUCCAAAUAAAGUAUGGGGACGAAGACAGCGACUUGCAACCGCCAGAGCUCCAAAACAUAGAUUUGCACGAGGGACUGGCCAGCAAACGUAAUUCGGACCAGGCACUCAGCUCGGCAAAAAGGGCCAAGCCCAAUGACGACAACGACAACGUGUUCUUGGAGACCGGCAGCCGCAACACCCCAAAUAAUGCCUCGGCCGGGUCCACGGUGUACCACUCAAUGCUGAACAAGCACGAACGUCCGUCCGCAGACAACACCGACAACCAGACACAGUCCAAGUCGAUCUCGCAAAUCUUCGAUGAUAUACUCAACAAGGCCCCACAGAACCAGUCUGGAACACGAGGAGUGCAGCGGAAGGGUAUCACAUCCACAGAAAUCAAGGACAUAUUCAGCGAUGUUUCAGGAAGCCUCUUGGAGAAUAGUCAAUUGGAUAACACCGAAAACUCCACCAGUGAGCUCGGGUCGAUGUUGCGGGAGCGGUUCAACAAUUUGACCAACUAUGGGCGCAAACAGGGCGAUUAGACCCCGAUUGGGGGCGCAAUCUGAGAAUCCCCACUACAAUAUUUGAUCCAUAGAUUAAUAUCAUAUUUAGGUUGCCGGAUCCGAUAUCACCGGCAGGGCUUUCCCCACAGGUAGAUAGAGAUAACAAUGUAAUUAAUAGUAUGGAGGCUGACGGAG